UCGGAGAGUUUCACAACACGGUGAACGCUGGAAGAGUAAACAUCCCACUAUUUUUAUUUUGUGAAACAUUGGUGCUAAAUAUAUUUUCUUUCUUGGUACUGAGAAUUACACUGAAAUAUACAUUGAGGAAAUUGCGUAGAGGUGAAUAUUUUGAUGAGGAAUGGAAAACGCUUUCAAUAAAAAUUAUCUCAAGAGAAAAAUUCAUCCUCGACAAGAGGCUGGUCCAUUAUCUAAGUUGUUUUUCAGCUGGUCUUUCCCAAUUUUCUACAAAGGACUCAGAAAACAGUUAAACGAAGAUGAUCUGUAUGAAACGUUACAAGAUCAUGAAUCCACAAUAUUGGGUAACCGUCUAGAAGAGGCAUGGCGAGAAGAAGAAGACGAAUACAGGAAUCCAUCUCUAUGGAGGGCAUUAUGGAAGGUGUUUGGGAAUGAGUUGCUCGGCUAUGGUAUUGUACUCUUCUUUUACGAAGUUCUCAUGAAACUUGCACAGCCCUUAGCCUUGGGGAAGCUAAUGAGUUACUACAUUCCAAACCAAACUUCUGUUACGAGAGAUGAAGCUCAUUUGUAUGCUGGCAUCAUACUGGUUGUGGCAUUCGUUCAGGUUUUAGCCGGCCAUGGAUAUAUUUUCGGCCUUCAACAUCUUGGCAUGAAAAUGAGGGUAGCUUGUUGUUCUGUCAUAUACAGAAAAGCUCUUCGACUCAGUAAAACAUCGUUGGUUCAAACAACAAUCGGACAAAUGGUAAAUCUCUUAUCAAAUGAUGUGAACAGGUUCGAUAAUGCUGUUAUGUAUAUUCAUAACUUAUGGUCAUCCCCUUUAGAGACAAUCAUAAUAACCUACCUACUAUAUGUGCUGCUUGGACCAACAGCUGUUAUAGGAAUUGUCUUCCUACUUAUCUUCAUUCCUCUCCAGAUGUACAUGGGCAAAAUUUCCUCAAUAUGUAGACUUAAAACUGCUUCCAGAACCGAUGAAAGGGUACGGCUCAUGAGUGAGAUAAUCAACGGCAUCCAAGUUAUCAAAAUGUACGCUUGGGAAAAAUCCUUCGUGAAACUCGUCGAAUUGGCUAGGAGCUCAGAAAUUCAUCACAUAAGGAACGCAUCCUAUUUGAAGGCACUCCAGAUGUCAUUCAACAUGUUCAUCAACAGAACAGCAAUAUUUUUGUGCGUUUUAGGACAUGUUCUUUCCGGAUAUUCGCCAACUGCAGAAUACGUCUUUGUUAUAACAUCUUUUUACGGCAUACUCAAACAAGCAGUAACAACUUGGUUUCCACUCGGUGUAACAGCAAUAGCAGAAGCUAAUGUAUCAAUUGAAAGAAUUCAAACCUUCUUGAAAUAUGAUGAAUCAUAUUUCACGGAUGAAUUCAGAAUUAAGAAGAAAAAAUCUAAGAGCAAAAAGAAGAAAUCUGAAGGCAAGACUAAAAAGAAAUGGAUAAGUUCCACUGAGGAUUCUAAGAGAGACACUGGUAUUUACUUGGAGAAAGCUUGUGCUAAAUGGGCUUAUAACUCGCCUGAAAAUACUUUGAGUGAUAUCACUCUUAGCAUAACAUCUAAUCAGCUUGUAGCAAUCAUAGGUCCAGUUGGAAGUGGUAAAACAAGUCUAGUUCAUAUGAUACUCAAAGAACUACCGAUUGUUUCUGGUAAGCUCGAAAUAGUGGGGAAUAUAUCAUAUGCUUCGCAAGAACCUUGGCUCUUUUCUGGAAGCAUUCAACAAAAUAUAUUAUUCGGUGAUACUUACGACCCUAUUAAAUAUCAGGAAGUUAUCAAAGUAUGCGCUUUAGAAAGAGAUCUUAGUUUGUUUCCAUAUGGCGACAAAAGUAUCGUUGGAGAUCGAGGAGUCACUCUCAGUGGAGGUCAAAGGGCUAGAAUCAACUUAGCUAGAGCGAUAUACAAAGAUGCUGACAUAUAUAUUUUUGAUGACCCAUUAUCCGCCGUUGAUACUCACGUAGGAAAGCAGCUAUUCGAAAAUUGCAUUUGCGGUUAUCUGAAAUACAAAGCUACUAUAUUGGUUACCCAUCAAAUUCAAUAUUUAGCGAACGUUGACAGGAUUUAUCUAAUGGAAAAUGGGAGAGUGGAAGCUGAGGGAACAUACCAAGACAUUCUCAACAGCGGAAAAGAGUUUGCCGAGUUGUUCAAAGCUGAGAUUCCGAUAGAAGAUGACGACGAGGAGGAGGAAAAAUUCAUCAAGAAGAGAAAGAAGAAGUUCAGCGUCAUGGAGGAACAAGAUGAUAUUCAAGACGAACCACUGGUUGAAAGUGAGGGAGUUAAAAAAGGCUCGAUUUCUGGUAGGGUCUAUAGAACCUAUUUGAAAGCUGGAAGCAAUUAUUUUAUGGGGUCUAUUCUGAUCGUUUUCUUCAUUCUGGCACAACUCAGUGCUAGUGGUGCAGACUAUUUUAUCACUUAUUGGGUCAAUCUUGAGCAAGCAAGGAAAGAACAAGAAACUAUGAAUAUUUACUUAGAUGAAUCUCUCUACAACGCAACCCUUAGUGCCCCCAGAGGAAUAUUCAAUAUUGAAUUCACACGGCAAACCUGCGUAAUAAUAUAUUCCUCGUUGAUAGCUUCUAUAAUAUUUGUAACUAUAACAAGAUCCCUCACGUUCUUCAAACUAUGCAUGAAAGCAUCGAAAAACUUACACAAUAACAUGUUUUCAAAAAUUGUUAACGCAACAAUGCACUUCUUCAAUGCGAACUCAGCUGGAAGAAUUCUGAACAGAUUCUCUAAGGAUAUGGGUGCAAUAGACGAGUUGUUGCCUGCUGCCAUAAUAGAUACAAUUCAGGUUGGAAUAGGAGUACUGGCGACUUCAAUAUUGAUAGCUACUGUAAAUCCUUGGAUUUUGGUGCCUACAUUCGUGAUUUUAGCUUGGUUCUAUUUGUUCAGGUAUAUUUAUUUGGCGAGCAGCAGAAAUAUCAAGAGAAUGGAAGGGACAACUAGGAGCCCCGUAUUCGCUCAUCUCUCUGCCACACUACAAGGUUUGACAACAAUAAGAGCUUUUGGUGCUCAAGAAAUAUUAACAAUCGAAUUCGACAAUCAUCAGAAUCUUCAUAGCUCUGCCUACUAUUUGUUCCUAGGAUGCAGCAGGAGUUUUGGAUUCUGGCUAGAUUUGAAAUGUGUUUUGUACGUCGGAUUUGUAACUGUCAGUGUCUUGUUCAUCGGUUCAGAAACCUAUGGUGGUAAUGUUGGGUUAGCAAUCACACAGGCUAUAGGUUUGACAGGAAUGUUUCAAUGGGGAAUGAGGCAAUGGUCUGAGCUGGAAAAUCAAAUGACCUCAGUUGAAAGGGUAGUCGAAUACACAGAAGUAGAGAAAGAACCAAUUUUGAACAAGAGCGAAUCUCCUGAAACAUGGCCAAAAAAUGGAGAAAUCGAGUUCCGAAAUGUUUUCCUAAAAUACUCUCCCAGCGCACCGUACGUUCUGAAAAAUCUGAACUUCACAGUACAUCCAAUGGAAAAAAUCGGUAUUGUCGGAAGAACGGGAGCUGGCAAGUCUUCCCUGAUCUCCGCGUUGUUUUUGUUAACAGACAUCGAAGGACAAAUUCUAAUCGAUGGAAUCGAUACCAAGAAAAUAACAUUGGAAAGUAUGCGGUCCAAAAUAUCUAUCAUUCCUCAAGAGCCAGUUUUAUUUUCUGGAACGCUGAGGAAAAAUUUGGAUCCGUUUGACGACUACGACGACGAGAAACUGUGGGAUGCUCUAGAUAAUGUUGAACUUAAAAAAGUUGUUGCGGAUUUUCCAUUGGGAUUGAACACGUUAAUAUCAGAAGGAGGAUCGAAUUUCAGCGUUGGUCAGAGGCAGCUUGUUUGUCUGGCUAGAGCAAUUGUACGAAAUAAUAGAAUUUUGGUACUUGAUGAAGCAACUGCUAAUGUCGAUCCCAAAACGGAUGCCCUGAUACAGACUGCUAUAAGAAAAAAUUUCGCAAAAUGCACUGUUUUAACUAUAGCUCAUCGACUACAUACAAUCAUGGACUCUGACAAGGUAUUGGUGAUGAAUGCUGGCACUGUUUCCGAAUUUGGUCAUCCUCACGAGUUACUACAAAACACAAGAGGUAUUUUCUACAGUUUAGUGAAAGAAACUGGUAAAGUUAUGGCUGAUAACUUACACAAUAUAGCUCAAGAUAACUUUGAAGCACGUCAUUGACCAUUAGAGAUAUAUAAGCUCCAAACCUUCCGUUAGAUGUGGGAUUGUGACUGUGAAAACAUCACUGCCAUAUAUAUGUGGUAUGAAAAUUUUUCCAUAGUUAAAACUUUCAUUGUAGUAAUGGAAGAAUUUUGUACAACUCAUUCGGAGUCAUUUAGAUUAAAUAAAAUUCAUCCAUGAUGAACCAAGUUAGGCUGUGUCUUUUUGAUGAAUUUAUAUAUACCUAGGAUUUAAAUAUAAGCAUUUUGUAACGACUGUUAAUAAAGUUAACUUUAAUCAAUAA